AUGCUUUUGAAGAGUGUUCGCAUUGGCUUGACGCUGGAAGAGGUGGCUGCACAAGGUACCCUUCUGGCAACCACACCGAGACCAGUAACGCCGAGGCCCAAUGUUUUUACUCCAGUUCCUCAUGCACCGGCUCAACAGGAGCCAGAUGUGCAAACGUCAGAAGUCGGGGCCCUGGACCAUGCAGUUGAAGUAGUUAAUGUUGUUGAAGAUUUUGAAAGCGCAAAAGAAGAGCAAGAAAAUCUUGAAAACCUUGAACGUUUUGCAUGUGACAUCAGCCUGUUCGGAGAAGAGGCAGUGAAAGAAGGAGUUGUCCAAAUCGAUAGCUCAAGCGAAAGUGAUGAAAGCUCACCAAGUGAGAGUUCUUCUACAGAGUCUUUGCAAUCCAAAAGGGAUCCAGUUUGUUUCACUGAAUUUGUUCCUGAAGGAGUUGAAUUUUACAAGCAUGUGAAAACUUCACGUGUACAUCGAGCCCGUCGAGGCAAGGAGUGCACCGAUUGUGGACGCAAGUUGAACAGCAAUUUCAAGAAGCUUGAAUCUGAGAUUCAUGUACGCCUCCCCAAGUGUUGGAACUGUUUUCCACGAGCGGAGGGGAGGAUUCGUUCACGAGCUGAUGCUAUAGAGCAUCUUGAUUCCGCCUUGAAAAGGAUAAGGCGCUGA